AUGGAGAACCACACCUCCUCAACCAGCGCCGACCCAAAAGACCCUGCGAGUUUUCUGUCCUCGAUCAUCGGCGUCCCCGUCACGGUCAAGCUCAAUUCGGGAAUCGUAUACAAAGGCGAACUGCAGUCUGUGGACGGAUACAUGAACAUCGCCCUGGAGAAGUGCACAGAGUAUGUCAACGGGCAGCUGAGGAGGAACUACGGCGAUGCGUUCGUGCGAGGGAAUAAUGGUAAGAAUAUACAGCGUUCCGGACUCUUACCAUGGGGCCGUAGCGUCUUGAAGUAUGCAAAGAGCGCAGGACUGACGAGAGUGUGA